AUGUCGACGGGGCUUUCUGGGUUGUCUAGAGCGUCUGGGUCUCCGGAAAAUUCAUCGACGCCUGGUUUCAAAGCAGCCUUGAAGACGGAGUCGGACACUAAUACGCCUGUAUUUGCUGCCAUGGACCGUUCCAGCUCGCUGAAGAAAGAGAUCGACGAAUACGAGCAGCUCAACAACGAGGCGCGCGCGCUGGAGGAAUUGCGCAACAUGGAUCUGCUCCCACUUUUGCUCGACUUGGUCGAGAAUCUCAAGGCAGGCAAAAUAUCACCGAAAGACUUCGACAACGCGACUGAACAAGGUCAGGUCGCUGCUGAACCAAAUAGAAGGGCUGGACGAGUCUACAGAGAGCCGGAUCCAGAAGAUGGAGGAGAUGAAGAAGCGGAUCGGCGCGAAACAGGAGCUGCUGAAACGGUUCAGCGAGGAGAUCGAGGCAAAGUUUGGCACGGAGAGGCCGAUUGCGGACGACAAAAUGCAAAUAGACCAGUAGCCACAGGCACUGCGUUAUGUAAUACUAGAGGUGCACAGAUGUCGGGGACGAACAAAAUUCGUCAAAUUUUUUUCCACUUGACGAAAUAUUCAGGUUGCUGA